UUAAUAUUGCCAUCUCUACAUAAUUCCCCUUUCUCCCUUCGUUUAUUCACGAUUUCGCUGCAUCGCUACCCCCAUCUUUCUCCCUCCAUUGAAGCGUACUCUGAAUCUCCAUUGAAGCGGCUUCUGAGCUUUCUCUCCUCCAUUGAAGCAGCUUCUUAGGGUGAGUUGGUUGUGAUUUAAGAGUUCUUGGGAGCUAUUUUUUGUUGAUAUGAGUUUAGAGCCGGCAAGCGGUUCGCAUGAUGAUCGAGAAUCAGUAGAUGAUGAUGAAGAAGAACAUGAAGAGGCUGGUGGAGGUAAUCAGCUAUUGGGUUUUAUGUUCGGGAAUGUUGAUAAUUCGGGCGAACUUGAAGUCGAUUACCUUGAUGAGGAUGCAAAAGAGCAUCUUGAUGCACUGGCUGCCAAGUUGGGAUCAUCUCUCACUGUUAUGAAUUUUUCAGGAAGAUCCUCACAGACACCAGCUGCUGCUUCUACAGUUGAAGAAGAUUAUGAUGAGAAGGCUGUGGACGCUGUUGAUUAUGAAGAUAUAGAUGAGCAAUAUGAGGGUCCUGAGAUUGACACUGGUACCGAGGAGGAUCAUCUGUUGCCAAAAAGCGAAUAUUUUCCAGCUGAUGCUCCUGCAGCUAAUUUGGAUCACAAAUCCUCUGUUUUUGAUGAUGAAGAUUAUGAUGAAGACGUGGAUGAUGAAAAGGAAUCUGAUGCUGUUGCUAGUGAAGCUGAAAUUGAAACACGUGCUGUGCAUGACCUAGUUUUGAAGCCACUGGAUGAUGAGAAUAUCGAGCCUGUGGAUAACAAGUUGGUGAUUCAAGCAAUUGCGUCACCAGUCGUGAAUGCCAAUGAUGUUACAGCAGCUAACCAAGAUAUCUAUCCUGAAUCACCUAUGGAUACCAGUCCAGCUCAGACUGAAACUUCUGUUGGUUUUACUGAAUUUCAAAAGGACGAACCUGUAGUUUCCCAUGAUAUAACUGAUACUAAAAGUUUGGUGCGACUGCCAAUUUUGUGUGUAGAAGAUGGAAUGGCAAUUUUGAAGUUUUCUGAAAUUUUUGGUGUUAGUGAGCCCUUGAAAAAGGCUGGAAGAAGGGGGCACAGGUAUUCCAUUCCUAAAGAAAAGUAUAUUUCUCUUGAUUCAUCACACAUGGUUGAGGAGGAUGAGGAGGAAUUUCUUAGGGGAUCAUGCCAAGUGAUUUCUGACAGAAGAAAACACAUGCAGGAAGCGCAAGAUCAUUCUGAAGUAUUAGUGGAUGAUGACUCAAAGUUAGAUUCGAUUGAAGGAAUGUGUACCGUUCAUGUUGUGAAGAAAGACUCUUGUCUUAGUUCUGAGCCUAUGAGAACAGAUUCGACCUUUGAUUUUUGUGCUGAACGAAAGUCAUGUAUGUCUAUGGAAUUUUACUCACUAGAUCAGCAGGACUGGGAAGAUAAGAUUAUCUGGGGCAACUCCCCUACAGUGAGUCCAAUAUCCGUGGAAAGUUGUGAACUCUCUGGACCUGAUUCUGAGUCCCUGACUCAUGAAGAGAAAGAAAUCAUGUCGAGGUCCCACGAGCAGUUGUCUGACCCCAAAAGUAUGCCUUGCGAGAAGGAUAAUUUGUGUCACAAUGAUUUGAUUAACUUCUCUGUGGAACCAUUUGGGUUUGGAGAUUCUGCUACUCCUGCCUUCUCAGAGAGCUUUUUCCAUCCUCAACUCUUGAGGUUAGAGUCUAGAUUGGAAAAUGAGCCUUCAAAUCUUUCUGAUACAAGGAAGGGAAAUGAAUCAGAAGAACCUGAACAACUCGACUUUAUGAAGCGAUUUAAACAACUAGCGUUACAAAACAAAGAAUUAAAUGAAGGGUCUUGGAUCGAUAAUAUAGUAUGGGAAUUUGGGAAGCCAAUUGCUAAACCAAAGCUAAUAUAUGAUCUUCAAGAUGAGCAGAUGGUCUUUGAACUCUUAGACAACAAAGACUAUGAGCAUCUACAGGUUCAUGCUGGGGCAAUGAUUACUACACGAAAUGGAACAACUGGUGCUGAAGUUUUCGAAGUUCCUGGUCAUCUGACAUUAUCUGGUGGACGAUUUAAUAUUGCUAAUGACAAGUAUUACUCCAACCGAAAAACUUCACCGCAGCUAAAGUCGCUUUCAAAGAAACGAACUGCUCAUAGUGUGAAAGUUUUGCAUUCAAUUCCUGCAUUGAAGCUGCAAACAAUAAAACCUAGACUGAGCAACAAGGAUAUUGCUAACUUUCAUCGUCCAAAGGCAACAUGGUAUCCUCAUGUAAGUGAGUUAGCUGUUAAAGAGCUGGAAAGGCUUCCUGUGCAAGGGCCUAUGAAGGUUUUACUGAAAAGCCUGGGUGGCAAAGGUUGCAAAAUCAAUGUGGAUGCAGAAGAAAAUAUUAGCUCAUUAAAAUCAAAGGCUUCAAAAAAACUGGAUUUUAAACUGACUGAAGCUGUUAAAAUAUUCUGUAUGGGAAAAGAGCUGGAUGACCAUAUGACUCUUGCUGCCCAGAAUGUGCGGCCUAAUUCAUUGCUUCAUCUUGUCCGUACAAAGAUACAUUUGUUGCCAAUUGCACAGAAGCUUCCUAAUGGGAGCAAGUCCUUGCGUCCACCAGGGGCUUUUAAGAAGAAAUCUGAUCUUUCACUCAAAGAUGGUCAUGUUUUCCUAAUGGAGUAUUGUGAGGAAAGACCUCUGUUGAUUAGUAAUGUUGGAAUGGGUGCUAGACUAUGCUCUUAUUAUCAGAAAUCAUCUUCAGAUGAUCAAAAUGGUGAUAUGUUACGUAAUCUGAAUAGUGGAUUAGGGACAGUUCUGGCUCUUGAUCCUGCUGAUAAAUCCCCCUUUCUCGGAGAUAUAAAACCGGGUUGUAGUCAAUCCUGUAUUGAGACAAACAUGUAUAGAGCACCUAUAUUUCCUCAUAAAGUUGCUUCAACUGACUACAUAUUGGUUCGAUCAGCCAAGGGGAAGUUGUCUAUUAGACGAAUCAACAAGAUGCAUGCUGUUGGUCAGCAGGAACCACACAUGGAAGUUAUGUCUCCUGGUGCUAAGGGUCUCCAAUCUUUUAUGAUUAAUAGACUUCUUGUGUAUAUGUAUCGUGAGUUUUGUGCAGCUGAAAAACGUGGCAUGCUUCCCUGGAUUCGUGUUGAUGAGUUGUCUGCACAUUUUUCUAACAUCGCUGAACAUUUUCUUCGUAAAAAGGUGAAGCAUUGUGCGGAUGUGCAGAGAGGGCCAAAUGGACAAUCUUAUUAUGUUAUGAGACGCAAUUUCCACAUUCCACCAGAGGAAGAGCUUAGGCGGAUGGUGACACCAGAAACAGUCUGCACUUAUGAAAGUCUACUGGCAGGUCUUCAUCGGCUCAAACGUCUUGGAAUAACAAGGUUGGCACAUCUAACGGGCCCAGCACAGCUAGCUGCUCUUUCGUCUGCAAUGAAUCAGCUUCCUGAUGAAGCAAUUGCUCUGGCUGCAGCAUCACACAUUGAGAGAGAAUUGCAGAUAACUCCAUGGAAUCUAACUGCCAAUUUUGUUGCUUGUACCAGUCAGGAUAGAGAAAAUAUAGAGCGGUUGGAAAUUUCAGGUGUUGGUGAUCCAUCUGGUCGAGGCUUAGGCUUCAGUUAUGUUCGUGUUGCUGCAAAGCCUCCGUUGUCGAAUGCCCUGGUGAAGAAAAAGCCUGCUGUUCCUCGUGGUACUACUGUCACUGGGACAGAUGCUGAUCUUCGACGAUUGAGCAUGGAGGCUGCAAGAGAGGUUCUUUUGAAAUUCAACAUACCUGAGGAACAGAUUGAAAAGUUAUCUCGGUGGCAUCGCAUUGCAUUAAUACGCAAACUUUCAAGUGAACAAGCUGCCUCAGGAGUCAAGGUUGACCCAACUACUAUUAGUAAAUAUGCACGAGGCCAGCGGAUGUCAUUCCUUCAGCUUCAACAACAGACCCGGGAAAAAUGUCAGGAAAUUUGGGACCGGCAGAUUCAAUCUCUUUCAGCAGCUGAUGCUGACGAAAAUGAAAGUGACUCUGAAGCAAAUAGUGAUCUGGAUUCUUUUGCUGGAGAUUUAGAAAAUUUACUUGAUGCAGAAGAAGGUGAAGAAGGUGAAGAGGGUUUGGAAAUUAAAAAAAACAAGUCUGAUGGAGUCAAGGGGCUAAAAAUGAGACGUCAUACUUCGCAAGCUCGGUUGGAAGAAGAAAUGGAAGAUGAAGCUGCUGAACUAUGCAGGAUUGUCAUGGACGAUGAUGAAGCUGAAUGGAAGAAAAAGAAGAAACCAAGGCCUAGAGGAGAAUCACUUAGACCUAUGCAAGGGUCCCAAUUGGGUUUGGGCUUUGAAAAUGCAGAGCGCUUCAAGAAGCCUAUUACUAUGUUAAAGCAUAUGGAUGGCCCUGUUGUACCUGAUGGUAUAUGGAUGGGAAAGCAAAAUGCUGAUCCAGAGGAGGUUGAAAAGUUGCAUUCUAAAAAACCUAUGUCAACCAAGCCAAAAACAUCGAAAAAGAACGAAGCAUUGCCUUUGGAUCUACUGAAUAAAAAAGUCAAAAUAAUGACUGAAGGGAUAAAGGUAUAUAAGGAAAAGAAAUCAGCUCGGGAUAGUUUUGUUUGUGGUGCCUGUGGACAGCUUGGCCAUAUGCGAACGAAUAAGAACUGUCCCAAGUAUGGGGAAGAUCCAGAAGCUCAGGUUAACAACCUAGAUCAAGAAAAGGACUCGUAUAAACUUUUAUCUCAGGACCCCCCUUCUCAGGCCCAUGUGAAGACUUCAAACAAGAAACUCGUGACUAAAAGUUUGACAUUAGCUCCUAAAGUUGAAUAUCUUGAGGAGGAAAGGUCUAGUACGAAGACCAAAUUUUUGAAAGUAAGAUAUGCUGCUGCUGAGAAGGUUCCGGUUAAAGUUACAUCUGUUCCAAUGCCAAGUUUAGAACAGCCAAGCACAUCUGAAGUUGAAGCUGUAAAUAAAUCUGCACCUAAAGUUAUUAAAAUAAUAAGCAACAAAACGAAGCCUGAUGAUGUUCAGGCUGAAUCUGCAAAGCUCAAUGUUAUUAUACGGCCACCCAGUGAAACAGUCAAAGAACAUCAUCAUAAAAAAAUCACCAUCAAGCAACCCAAGGAAGUCAUAAAUCUAGACCACUCCAGCCAGGAAGGUGCUGAGAUAGAGUACAGAAAGACCAGGAAGAUGAUUGAAUUAACAGGAUUUGGAGUAAACAGACAGCAAGAAAGAAAGCAUAUAAGUGAAGAUGCAUUAAGAAAGAAAAAUAAAGAAGCGAAACGUAUGUGGGAAGAGGAAGAGAAAAGGAGAAAUGCAGAGAGAGUUAGAGAAGAACAAGCAAGAAGGAUUUAUGAGGAAGAAAUGAGAAUGCAAGAAGAGCGAGAUAGAUUGGCUGAGCUUAGAAAAUAUGAAGAAGACAUACGUAGAGAAAGAGAAGAAGAAGAACGGCGAAAAGCCAACAAGAAGAAAAAGAAAAAGAAGAGGACAAUUGACUUGAAAGAUCAUUUGGAGGAUUUUCCAGCAAAAAGGAAUAACCGAUUGCCAGAGAGGGAAAGAAAUGCUAAGAGGAAGACUGUUGCAGACUUGGGGAGGUAUGGCGCGGAGUUUGUCCCACCAACCAAACGGCGUAAGGGCGGAGAGGUUGGCCUAGCUAAUAUUUUGGAGAGCAUUCUGGACACCCUCAAAGAGAGAAUUGAGGUGUCAUACCUUUUCUUAAAACCUGUAUCCAAGAAAGAUGCUCCCGAUUAUUUGAACAUAAUUGAACGCCCAAUGGAUCUCUCCACAAUUAAAGAGAAGGUUAGACGGCUUGAGUACAAAGACAGACAAGAUUUUCGUCAUGAUGUAUGGCAAAUUGCUUAUAAUGCCCACAUGUACAAUGAUGGGAGAAAUCCAGGUAUCCCACCCCUCGCAGAUCAGCUAUUGGAGAUUUGCGAUUAUAUGUUAGAAGAAAAGGCUGAUAGUUUAGAUGAGGCAGAGUCCGGUAUUCAAGAUUAGUGACCAAUUGCCCAUUUGUUGUUGUAUAUACCAAUUUUUCCCUAAAUUUGCCUUUUUGGCCUUAGUGCUGGUAAAUCAUCAAUGAUGUGCUAAAAAACGUGACCUUGUACAUAUUUUGUUUGGUAAAUUGUAGUUUUAGGUGUUGUAGUUACAACUUACAUACAUCUUUGCUGUAUAUAUAUUGUGGUACAUCAAAGAUUUAGCAGAAUCAACAAUCUAACUGUAUUCAAUUAAGCACAAUCAUUCUGCCUAAACUGUAAAUUAUAUCAUUUUUUCCUUCUUUUUUCUCUUUUUUUUUUUUUUUUUUUCCAUUUGUACAUGGUAACUACAGAAUACAUGGACACCAUUGGCUGUCUGUUACUAAAUAAUUUAUUUUGACAUAUAUGGUUCAGCUUGACGAA